AUGACAGAGAUCCCAGCAGCAGAGCUUGUGGAGCUUUACAAUGUUUUCCAAUCUUCUUCCCUUCCAGAAGAUGUUCGCAAAGAGAUGCUAGAUGUUUUGGACAACAAAGCAGCGACAGCCCACAACUGCGAAACAUCUGCCGGGAAGUUAUGCCUCGUUCCACAGACAUUGACUACUUUGCAGAAUUACAUGACGGCGAGUGAUAUCUCUCUUUGUGAGAAAGGUAGCAUGUGGGCCGGCACUGAAGUCUUCGCCUCCAGGCUUCGCAAACUUGGUGUUGUGUCGAUGAAGGAAUGCACAAAAAAGAAUUGUGUUGCACUCCUGGUGCACUUUGAAGUGGAACGUACCAAUACGAUUCCUCCCGGAGAUACCGUAUAUGCUCUUGCAGAGCACAUGCUACAAGCUUUGAAGAUGUGUAGCACUACGGUUCCUGCGGAUGCCAAGAGCCUGCGAAGGUAUCCUGCAUCGCCUUCGCAAUUGGAUGCGAAGCACUUCGCUGCUUCUUAUGGAGAAGAGGUUCCGAUCAGCAGGGACUUCCCCCGACUUGCACAAAUCAUGGUGAACCAUUCCCCUGUGCGAAGCUCCAGCAGUUUGGUUUCGGAAGGGGCCAAGAAUGCAGCCAAAGUUGGCAAGCAACCUGCUGACCGGGGCCAGCAGCAUCAAUUGGUGGCACAGACACCCAUGAUGCAGCCGCCCCAGUCGCAGAUGCAGCCGCCACCGGCACAGAUUCUAGACCUGCUGACCCCGGAAAUGAAGCAGCAGCUUUGGGCAAGCUAUGUGCAAGGCUGUAAUGGUCUUUUCGGGCAGCAAGCACAGGGGCAGCCCAACAUUGUCUACUUUCAGAACAAGGGUGCAGGCCAGCCGAACGAUCCUUCUGCAGCACAGCUGCAGCUGCAGCUGCCGUCGGGCAGCACUGGUCUUCCCAACACGAUUGCUGCCAAUGGCCAAGCAAGCACGGCGAGUGCAGGGCAAGGCAGCACUGUGGAGCCGAGCACGGUGAAUGCUCAGCAGCAGCAGCAGCAGACGAACCAGGCGAAGAUUGCUGAUUCCGCUGCAAACAGCAACAUGGUGAAUGCUCAGCUGCAAUCCAUCGAGGCCUUGUCGGGCACACAAGAUGGCAACAACACGGAGCAGAAGACCCUCGAGGAUAUCGAGACGGAGCAUAUGGCGAGAUUGGAGAAAAAAGCGCUGAGCAAGAAAGCUGCAAAGGCUGGGAAGACCAAGCAGAACCACGACAAGAAGGCACCGAAGCAGAAGCUGAAGAUCGGGUGCCUCAGAUGCCGUGGUUGCCACAAGGGUUGCACACAGUGCCGGGACCCUUCGUUUGGUGGCUUGAGAUUGAAUCGCCAAGAAUGGCUCGAGUAUGCAAAGAAGCAUGGGCUGAAGGUUCACUGA